AUUCUCUCUGUUCCUCUAUCUCUAUCUGUCUGAGAGUUGCAGAAUUCAGAUCUGUUGUCAUUGCAGCGUUCAGAGUCUUUACUUAUGGGGUUGCUCUAGCUGUUCUUCUUGUGGGUUCUUAAGCUGCUUCCGAGUUUGAACUUGAACAACGACUCUGCAACUAUAAGAAUGGAGAACCAUAGCCCACCUUCUAAGAUUGCUCGUGUUGCAGACACUGGGAUGGAUUCGAUGGAAGGAGGGUCGCCUUUGAUUGGGCUUGGACUUGGGCUUGGGCCUGGGCUUAAACAUGGAAAGUCUGGGUUCACCUUUCUACAGUUGCAGGAGCUAGAACACCAAGCUCUCAUCUUUAAAUACAUGGUUGCAGGCGUGCCUGUCCCUUUCCAUCUCGUCCUUCCUAUCUGGAAGAGUGUUGUGAGCUCCUUUGGUGGUGUUAAUGGUGGGAUCUAUCAACACUACCCAAGAUUUUUAGGUUGCAGUAGCUUCUGCUUCGAUUAUAGAAACAGCAUGGAACCAGAACCAGGGAGGUGCAGAAGAACGGAUGGAAAGAAAUGGAGAUGCUCCAAGGAAGUGGUUCCAGAUCAAAAGUACUGUGAGCGGCACAUGCACCGAGGCCGCAAUCGUUCAAGAAAGCAUGUGGAAGCCUCUAAAAUCACUACCACUACUGCUACAACAACAACCAACAACACUACUACGAGUACUGGAAACUCAAGUUCAAACCCCAAUCUCUCUAUUUCAGUCCCAGUAAGUACUCUUCAACUCAUGACCAACAACAACAACAAUGGCAUCACCCUCACCACCACCACCAACAAUGUUUCUCCAAGCUUGAGUUUCUCUCCAAAAAGUGUUCUUCUGAGUGGUAUCUGUAAGACAGAAUCAUCUUAGCGUACUUAAAGAUGGGUUUAGGUUUUCUGAGGUCAGUUUGUCUUGAAAAGUUGUCUCAAAUGGAGGAGACAGACACUCAUGGUCAUGGUUUUGUUUGAUGGAGGG